AGCAACAUGGGGACGUCAGGACUUCAGUCCACCUUAUGGCUCAUUUACCUAACGCUGCUGGUUGGCGCAGUCACUCAGACAAAUGAGAAUCCAUCUCACAUUGGCCAAGUGUGCUCAACUUGGGGACAGACUCACUGGAAGACCUUUGAUGGAAAUUUCUUCGAGCUGCCCUCCACCUGUAACCAUGUCAUGUCCUCAUCCUGCAAGCUGAGCUACGAAAAUUUCAACAUCCAGUUGAGGCGCAAGAUAGUCGGCAACAUCACCACCAUCGGCACCAUCAUCAUGAAGCUGGAUGGAGCUGUGUUGGUGCUUUCCAGUGAUUCAGUGGUUGUCGACGGCGUGACGGUGUCUCUGCCAUUUGUCACAUACGGGGUUGCUGUCAAGGGAACCACGUCUAGUAUCGUUGUCGAAGCCAAGCUGGGCAUUAAAGCCUUCUGGAACCUGGAUGACUCCUUUGAUGUAGGAAACACACCUUCACAUAUGCACACACAUCUUUCUUAAGUUUUGAGUUCAGGUGUAUUUUCAUGGGGUUUUAAACACGCUGACAAAGUUGGGUCCACUGUGCACAACUGACCACACCACUGCAGAGUAUGUUUCUGUUAAGGAUAAGACUGACGCUAUCUUACCAUUUUAUUAAUAUUAUCUACAAAUCCCAUGAAAAGACCAAACCAACAAUGAACUUAUCUUUCUAACAAUUAUUGUCUGUGUUGACACAGUCUGAUAGAGCUUAUCUCUAUGCUGCAGAACUCCAUUGUUCUCCAAAAGCUAUUAAAACCAUAAUAGAAGACCAUAGUGUUGCACUUGGGUGACAUAUAUUUGAUAUCUCAUAAAACA